AUUUUCUUUCAGCCUCCAACAAUUUCACGAUCACCAUUCACAGAGUAUAGAUUCGCCUUCUACAUAUUAUUAGGUUUGAUUCAUCAAGCUUAGCAAUCAUAUUUAUUCUAGAGAAAUGAGGUCUUCGAUAUUCCCUCAAAGGGCCUUGCGCCGCGUCUGCGACACUUGCAGGCAUUCUCUGCGCAAUCAUGCGCCAUCGAGCCAUGUCGCUCCUCUCAGCACCUGCGCUGCGCCGUGUAGGACUUCCAACCCCCCACACCAGUCCAGCGGUAUCAGAGGAACCCUGUGCAGAACGCAAAGUAGCAAUGGUAGCGGUAGUGUAACAGUACAAAUCCGGCAUAUUUCUACAAACCCCAGACUCGCGUCUUCUGCUCCAGGAGGGGCAGAAGCGAAAGACGGAGAUUCGGGGAAAGUAGAAAGCAAGCAAGCAAGAACGCACUAUGAUCUCUUCCCACAGACCCUUCCUGCAGGUCCCCCGCCACAAGGGCCCUUUGCAGUGGAUGUGCGCGCUCUUCGUCGGGAAUUUCUUACACUCCAAGCAACUGCACACCCAGAUCUUGCGCCACCAGGAUCUGAGCGCCGACGCGCAGAAGCCGCGUCUGCAUAUAUCAAUGAAGCAUACCGAACUCUCGCCGAAGCGUUACCCCGCGCUCAAUACCUAUUGCGUCUUCGUGGGUUGGAUGUGGCUAACGAAGAAACGGCGCGGGUGGAGGAUCCUGAACUUCUCAUGCUAGUCCUAGAGACACGUGAAGCAAUUGAGGAAGCGGAGUCCGAGGAAGAGUUAGAACCAUUACGAGAAGAGAAUGAGGAAAGGAUAAAAGAGAGCGAGGGGAGGUUGGCGAGCGCGUUUGAGAAGGACGAUAUCGAGGAGGCGAGAUUAGAGGUUACGAGAUUACGGUAUUGGGUAAAUAUUCGCGAGAGUAUAAGGAAUUGGGAGAGAGGAAAGCCAAUUGUGCUUGAGCAUUAGGGUGUAAACAAAGGUAUAGGUGUGUACCUAUAUCUACCUAAGCAGGCUCUGGAGGAGAGAUAUGUGAUUCGCUGUUCCUGAAAACCUAAUAGAUACUAGCCAAGGCAAUCGAGAACCACUCAAGCAACUCCACAGUGAUAACUCCACAUUUGUCUCGCACGUACCUGCCUAGGUAGGUACAUAGGAAAGGAAGAAGAAUGAUGUAUAUACUCUCUUGUGGAUACUUCACGGGCAGGUAGGCACCGAGCUUACCCGAGACGAGACUCACUGUAUUCCCGGUACCAUACUUGCAUCGUAAAAAUCAUGAGUCUCAUUUAACUUAAUCGUAGCUUCAUAGCCAGCACCUACCCAGGUAGUCCACCAUAAACAAUAGUUUACAAAUAGCUAGGCUACAGCUUACCUCGAAUUCUAAUAAAAAAUUAUAAGCGA